GUAAAUAAAGAAUUUCAAGUUAAAAAAGAAGCCCCUUGAAAUUUCGUUAGCGAAAUAGUGUUCAUUUGAAUUAUAUGUAUAUGUAAUAUUCUAUUGAAGUAUAAUAACGUCAUGAAUGCAAAAAACUUUACCUCGUUUGCCACGAGAAAAAGAAUUCGUGAAAGAGAUAAUUCACCCGAUAUGUUUGCUGUGGCUGAUGAAGAUGAAGAUGCAAUUUCAUCUGAUAAAGAGGCUGAAAAGGCUGACCCCAUGAGCUCUGUAAAUCACAAAACACCUGGUAAAGAUAUAAGUAACUUAUGCCAUCAAAAAACUAAAUCUUAUUCAGCUACACCACCAUCCACAAGUGACCAGAGCCCAAAACGAAAAAUUGUGUUAUCAUCUUCUUUUCACCGUGAAAACAACAAUCAGUCUUUGCCACCAAGUGACUCAAAAGUUUCAGGAGGCUGCUCAAUGAGCUCUUUAAGAAGUACAUUACACACCAAUCAUUUUGGAUUAAACAGCAGGAUGAAGGAAGCUCUCCGCUCAGGUGGCAUGGAUAGCACCAUAUUCCAAUUUUCCUCUCAUUCACCCUUAUCAAGAGAAACUCCUCCUGUUUAUACACUGAAUAGUAGCAAUGUUGUCCCUUCCCAGACAUCUAUUCAUUGUGGACCUAAUCAUGGUUUAUCAGAUGCAGCAUGGCAAGCAAUUUUGCAAACAAAAGGAAUCAAAGGCUUGUAUGGAUGGCAGACACAGUGCUUGAAUAAGGCAACUAAAACCAAUCAAAAUUUGCUCUACUCCUUGCCCACAUCCGGAGGAAAAACUCUGGUGGCCGAAAUACUUAUGAUUCGUGAACUUCUAUGCAAUCAGAAACAUUGCCUUUUCGUCUUGCCGUAUGUCAGCAUUGUACAAGAGAAAAUUCGGACCCUUUCCUCGCUUGCCAUAGCCCUGAAUUUUGCCAUAGAAGAGUAUGCUGGAAAUAGAGGAACCUAUCCUCCCCGCCAACGGAAAUCUAAGCGAGUUAUUUAUAUUGCUACAUUGGAGAAGGCCCAUGGGAUCAUCAACAGUAUAUUGGAAUUGGGAAGAUUGCAAGAAAUCGGCUUGGUGGUGGUGGAUGAGAUUCACAUCGUCGGUGAGGGUAAACGAGGAGCAACGCUUGAAACCUUACUUUGCAAACUUCUGCUUGCUCCCAUUGGCCCUCGCAUAGUAGCUAUGAGCGCUACAAUAGGAAACAUCGACGAGCUGAGUAAUUUCCUCAAGGCUGAGAUUUACACAGAAGACUUUCGACCAGUCCAGCUCAGGGAGUUCAUCAAGACUGGUGACCAAAUAUUGGAAAUAGACAAGAGACAACGGGGAUCGCAGGAGAACUUUAUGAAACAUUCCCGAUCGGUAUCAGCCCCAUCAUCAACAUCCCGCAAAAACGAUCCUGAUGGUCUAAGUGUCCUGGUUUCGGAGGUAGCCCCGGAACACAGUUGUUUAGUCUUUUGCUCUACAAAGAAGAACUGUGAAAGCGUAGCCAAAUUGAUUAGCAGCAAUUUGCCACCAACACUGCAACAAUGGAAAACGGCUGAAAAACUUAAAUUAAGGAAGGCGUUGGAGCAAGAAAGUGGUAGAUUAUGCCCAAUAUUGAAAUCUACAUUGCCCUUUGGAGUAGCCUAUCACCAUUCUGGCUUAACUGGUGACGAAAGACAGUUGAUUGAGGAAGCUUUUUCUUCCGGAACCUUAUGCUGUUUGUGUUGUACGUCAACACUUGCUGCCGGAGUCAAUUUGCCAGCAAGAAGGGUAAUACUGAGAUCGCCAUACAUCGGAAAUGCGCGUUUAACACGUGCUCGCUAUCAACAAAUGAUUGGACGAGCAGGCCGAGCCGGUUUUGAUACUCAUGGAGAGAGCUUUGUGUUAGUGAAACCAAAUGAACUAACCUUUGUAACUAAUGACAUUCUCAUGGCGCCAACGAACCGAGUCUAUAGCCAAUUGGCGGAAGACGAUCUUCGUGGACUACAGCAGCUUUUAUUGAGUUUAAUUUUUCUCGACCUUGGAGGGAAAGAUCAUAAAACCUUGGCCGAAACUCUUCUUCAUUCCACACUUCUCGGACAGCAGAGUUCACAUCAAACUAUUACAACGACGCAGCUUGUUGAAAAAAGUCUCAAGAGCAUGAUGGAAAAGAAUUUGAUAUUACCUGAUAAGGACGAAAAACUGGCAGUAACAAAACUUGGCCGUGCGACGCUGAAAGGCAUUGUUGACUUGGAUCGGUCGAAACAACUUUACAACGAUCUACGUCUUGCCCAAGGAGGCCUCGUUCUCAUGACGAAACUUCAUCUCAUGUACCUCGUCACACCCUACGAUAUGGUCGGUACUGUAUUUCCGAUAGCGGCAACAUACUUUCAGGCCUUUAACAAAUUGUCUGCAGAAGAACUAGGAGUAGCGAGAACGAUUGGUAUCAAUGAAACCGUCAUGGUCAAAUUAAUGUCAAAUCAACAACAGAAAAUAGAGCGAUCAAUUUUGGAACGCUUUUAUUUGACACUGAUGCUCAACGAUCUUUUCAAAGGAGAAUCAGUGUGGAACGUCAGUGAACUAUACGGUUGUACUCGCGGAGACGUUCAAAAUCUACUUUCUAACGCAGCAAGCUUCGCUUCUUGCGUUUACCACUUCGUUCAAGAGUUGGAUGAAUUUUGGGCCUUUUCGGAGCUUCUACUUCCUUUUAGUCGGGAGCUUUCGAUGUGUUGUACUUCGGAAUUGAUUCCACUGAUGGAAUUACCUUCAGUGGCUAAAGGCCGGGCGCGGAUGUUAUUCAAAGCUGGCUUCCGGACAUUAACCGAUAUUGCCAAGACAGACCCAGAUCAGCUCGUAGCUCGAGUGGAUCACUUGCCGAGACGCGUUGCACAGCAAAUGAUUGCCGCAGCCAAAGUACUGGUCUACGAAAAAGCUGAUGCUCUACUAGAGGAAGCCAAUUCGCUAUUAGAAUUAGUUCCCAGACGCCAACCACUUGUCCCACUUGACGAAACAUUUCAGACACAAGCAAGUAAUGUAUCUCUUCUUGAUGAUUGAGUUAUUUGUCUAGUCUAUGAUUUUUUAAAAUUUUUAUUUAUAAAUAUUUUUCAACUGCGGGAUUAGUGUCACCCUACCCCUACCCUAUGCCUGGCACGUUUGGUUAACAAAUA